AUGGAGAACACCAGCAUUAGGCAUGUCUAUACAGCCCCAGGACACCUCCCGCAACCCACUGCUGACUCUUCUGCUAAGAACCAGAGUGGGCGGCAAGAGCUGAUGGUCAAGUUGACAGAAGGACAGUAUGUCUUGUGCCGGUGGACUGAUGGACUCUAUUACCUGGGGAAGAUCAAGAGGGUGAGCGGUUCCAAGCAAAGCUGCCUGGUGACCUUUGAAGAUAAUUCUAAAUAUUGGGUGCUUUGGAAGGACAUCCAGCAUGCUGGUGUGCCAGGGGAAGAACCCAAGUGUAACAUCUGCCUUGGAAAGACAAUAGGCCCCUUAAAUGAUAUCUUGAUAUGCGGAAAAUGCGGUCUAGGUUAUCACCAACAGUGUCACAUUCCAGUAGUGGGCAGUCGCGAAGGCUCCUUAGCGACACCUUGGUUCUGCCGGAGGUGCGUCUUUGCCUUGGCUGUGCGGAAAGGUGGGGCCCUGAAGAAAGGAGCCAUCGCAAGGACUCUACAAAUGGUCAAGAUGGUUUUGUCUUACAAUCCGGAGCAGCUAGAAUGGGACUCGCCUCACAGAACCAAUCAGCAGCAGUGUUACUGUUACUGUGGAGGCCCCGGCGAAUGGUACCUAAAGAUGCUGCAAUGUUACCACUGCCGGCAAUGGUUCCAUGAAGCUUGCACUCAGUGCCUUAGUGACCCCAUGAUGUUUGGGGACCGAUUUUAUGUUUUUUACUGCUCGGUGUGUAACCAGGGCCCAGAGUACAUCAAACGUCUGCCUUUGAGAUGGGUCGACGUUGUGCACCUGGUGCUCUACAACUUGGGUGUGCAGAGCAAGAAGAAAUACUUUGACUUCGAGGAAAUCUUGGCCUUCGUCAAUCACCAUUGGGACCUUUUGCAGCUCGGGAAGCUGACUGGAACCCCCGUGGCUGAGCGAAGCGCGCACCUUCUGGAUGCACUGAACAGCUACAAAAGCAGGUUUCUCUGCGGGAAGGAAAUCAAGAAGAAGAAAUGUAUCUUCCGCUUGCGCAUCCGGGUUCCGCCCAACCCGCCUAGCAAGCUCCUUCCUGAAAAGGUUGAUAGCAGAGUCUCUGAGCUAAAGAAAGGAGCGGGCAGCAAGCAUUCCCAUAAAAACAGUUCACUGCCACAUGAACUCCAGCAGGAAAGAAGGCAGGCAGCCCGGAGGAAAAGAUCCAAAUUUCUCUUGGAAGAUGCUAUUCCCAGUAGUGAUUUCGCCUCUGCUUGGAGCACAAACCAUCACCUGGCCAGCAUUUUUGAUUUUACUUUGGAUGAAAUUCAGAGUCUGAAAAGUGCAAGUUCGAGCCACACGUUCCUUUCGGAUGUCGAUUCCACGGAUGCCGCCAGCACUUCAGGGUCAGCCACGACCACCCUGUCCUACGAAUCGAGCAGAAGGAAUGUGGGCAGUCAGAAGCGGAAACUAUCAGUUAAGACCUAUGCAGCAAUAGAAGCAAAGCAAAAAUGCUUGGGACACCCCCAGAGAACCACCCCUGGCUGUUCCUCAGAGGAUAGCGAGGCAACCUGCGGCCCUGAUCGCCUCAAUGCCGCCAUUGACAGCCACACCUUUGAGAGCAUGAGUGAAGAUGACUCGUCUCUCUCACAUCUCAAGUCAUCCAUCAACAACUAUUUUGGCGCUGCUGGGAGGCUGGUGUGCGGGGAGAAGUAUCAUGUGUUGGCUCGUAGGGUGACCCCUGAGGGCAAAGUUGAGUACUUGGUGGAAUGGGAGGGGACCACUCCCUACUGAGAGGGCAGGCAUAGUUGCCUCGAGAAAGGGAGGGGAUCUACUCAAAGGAAUCAUGCGAUUGGUAGCUGAAACUGGAUUGGGUGGUGACUCUCUUAGACAUCUCUCCUUAAUGCUUAUUCCAGGCAUCUUGGGCAGAAGCGUCCCCUUCGUAGUACCCACUGUGGUGCUAAGAGAGACCCAGAUGAGGUAGUCAGACAGGCCACGUUGGGAAAUGUGAUUGUGUCAUGAGCUGGAAAGUAUUUGUGUUGCUUUUAAUGCUGCUUCUUUGUGAGGGGAAGAGGAGGAGGAAGAAAUGGGUGGGUUGGGCCAGUAUAGAUAAUAAUAUUCAGUCAUGUUCCCAUAAACUGGCUUCUUCCAGAGAAAUCUGAUUUUUGCUCCCUAGUGACAAAUAAGACAAUUGGGCCACUUUGGCAGGAUGAAUGGGUGGCUGAAACCAACCUGUUUGUUUCAUUAAGUGGAGGUCCUCCAUCUUGUCAAAGUGAAAAAUAGGAAGGAGAGUGAAUGGUAUAAGAAUGGGUGUAGCACAAUGGGUGACAGGUGUGAGCCAUGAAGCCCUAGGUUCAAAACCUUGCUCUGGCAUGGAACUUGUUAGAAAGGAAGGCUACCCUACUCUCAGCUUUGGCCCAUUUCCCCCGCUUCUCGCCCCCCACACCCCAGCCUGGUUGAUGUGUGUGGCCUAACCUGCAAGGUGGUUUUAAGGUUGACUGAAAUAACAUACCAGAAGUGGUCUGAGCACUUGUAAACUUGUGAUGUUAAUGCUGUAUGGUACAGUCUGUCAAAAGGCUGCUUGGCAAAAGGUCACAAGCCAUCUCUGCCUCUUGAGGGGAAAAAUGGAAAACAUGCUGCUACAGUGGAUAACCAAACAUGGCUAUUUAGUCUACACUAUAAUGUUAAAAUUUGAUUGGAAACCGGUUGAGUCAGUUUGCAGCACUUCAAAAUAUGUGUCUGACCCCAGAAAUCUUGACAGAGGACCAGGGUCUCUACUGAGCAUGUUGAGCAGGGAUGACCAAUAUGAGGGGAAGAACAUUCGGGGGCUGCAGGGCGGUCAUUGGAAGAUCCCUCUAAGAGCUCCCUGUAUCCUUCUCUCCAGAAAUAACAAGUUCAUCAUUCUCUGUGGUUGGCAAAGGCAUCCUGGGAAGAGGUAACAUUCUCACAGCCAACAAUUUAUGAGCAGUGGGUGUGUUCUCCUUGUUCAAAAAGAGAUAUUUCUCCCUGUUCCUUUUCUUUGUUUCUAUGCUCCCUUUUGGUACAAUAAUUUUUAAGUCACUGGUUUUAUGUGGCGAUUAUCCUUCCUCACAGAAAGGACUCACUGGUGGAUUUGGGACUGAUGGGGCAUUUCCACAACUGGGCUUCUCACUGACUCAGCUUCAUGAGGAGAGGGUGGCUAUUAAGAUUGUUCUAGAACAGAGAGGAAGCUAGGCUUCUCACUGACAGACUUGCUCCACAGUGGGUUAUUAAAAUUGUUGUGGUGUGUCUGCAACAGAUGGAAAACUGACAUUUUAUGCACACAUAAUCUGAGAUAAUUCCAGAGGGGUAUCCGUGUUAGACUACAUUUUGUAGUCUGAGAUGAUCUGAUUAUGAUAAAAAGGUCCAAAAGGAGACAUUCCUUAGUGCAAUGUUUCCUCCUGUUUCAUAUUAAUAUUGUUGUCAAUGCAACAAAGAAUUCUGCGGCAGACUCAUUAAAGUGACUUGUCCCCUUCCCCCUUUUGUGAGUGCCUAUGUAACUUUUUUUUUUUUUACAAAAAUCAUCACCAGAAGAGGGCAUCCACAAAGCCUUCUUUCACCUUAGUUGAUUUCAUUUUCAUGUUCCUGUUGCACAUAACAAUACACUUAGGCACUGCAAUUUAGCUAACUAAUCUGUCCUAAGGAAAGAAAUGUGGAGCCUCUAAGCAUGUAUCUUUUGCAGGGUUUUUUUUUUUGUUUUGUGCAUCAGUUUGGAUUGUUCUUUUUAAUGCUUUUGUGCACCUUCUUAAAAAAUAAAAUAUAUGGUUUCUAAAAUUGCUGCUUUUUUAGUAACUGACUUUUGUUUGUUAUAUUCAAGUUGUAAUUAAUAUGUCAGAUGUACCAUUAAAAAGUCUUUGUUUUUUUAAACUUCUCCAAGGAGUUGUGUUGUCAGAAGAGAGGUGGCUGCUUCAGAGAGAUGGAUUUGGGGGGGCCGCUGAAGUAGACUGAAGGGGAGAGGGACAAAAUCUGACUAUUGGUAUAAUCAGGCUGUGCAAGAACUGAAAUUAGUGGGAGCUGCCCAAGCAUGUUAUUCUUACUGGAAAGCUAAAAGAAGGAGCUGUGAUCUGGGAGAACUCAGGAUGAAAUGUCUCAGCUCUGCUAUGAACUCACUAUGAGGUCCCAGGCCAAACAUUCAACCUCAGUCCCCCCUCUUCCAUUUGCAACACGGAAAUACAAAUAUUGGGCUACCUUUCAGGGCUGUUGUGACAAUGUCCAUGAAAGUCUUUAGUUCCAGGUGGGCAGUCAUGUUGGUCUGGAGCAACAAAACAAAGCUGGAGUCCAGUGGCACCUUUAAGACCAGCAAAGCUUUAUUCAGAAUGUAAGCUUUUGUGUGCAUGCAUACUUUGUCAGCCGAUGAAAUGAGGUACAGUGAGCAGGGCUACAUACAGUUGGUAGGCAGCGGUUAAGCAUGCAAAGUAGUACAAAGUUAGAGUCCAAUGGCAAAAUAGUGAAAUAAACAAAUUGAAAGAAUACUUGCUAUUCUGAAUAAAACUCCGUUGGUCUUAAAGGUGCCAAUGGACUCCAACUUUGUUCCCAUGAAAGUCUUUGAAUGUGGAAAAUGUAGCAGAGAAGCUAAAUCUGAUUUGUAUUCUCUACUAAGAGAGGCAGAGAUACUGAUCACAGAGGCUCGGCUCAGACCACAGGCCAAGCCACAGGCUCCUGUUGACUCUCUGCAAUCAUCCGGGAGUUGAAUCGUGAUAGGGGUUCCCCAUCACAUUUAAUGUCACCCCAUAACACCAUCAGCAUCCUGCAUGUCCCCAGCCUUACACAGAGUGAGUCCCCAAAACUGUUGACUAAGCCCUAAUCGGUGCAAUAGGAUGGAAUCAUCAGUCUCCAGACCAGGGGUAUCAAACUCAUUAUGAGAGCUGGAUGUGACACAAAUGUCACUUUGUCAGGCUAGGCCAUAUGUGCGAUAGAACGCAAUGCCAGGCAAAGGACGGAGGUGAACCCAAUUUACAAUGCUAUUUUUUUUACUCGAAAUACAAAUUUGCUAAAAACAUUCUUACAGUAUUUCAUUACAGUACCUCC